GUUCUGCCGAGUCAAGAUGUGGCCGAAAUGGUUUACAACUAUAGUCCCACUAAUAAUAAUGAUAAGCGUCGCUUUUGCAAAGCCAAACAUUGUUAUAUUUGUUGUGGAUGAUCUCGGUAUCUCAGAUCUCGGCUGUUUUGGCAAUGACACGAUUAAAUCUCCGAACAUCGAUCGGUUGGCUGAACAAGGAGCUCGCCUGCGACAUGAUGUCACGCCAGAUGCAAUCUGCACACCAAACAGGGCUGCACUGCUAACAGGAAGGUAUCCCAUUCGAUCAGGACUGGCUUCAGAUGAGGGACAAGACCGAGUGUUCCUUCACACGGCAGCAUCUGGCGGUCUGCCCCAAAAUGAGACUACACUUGCUGAGAUAGCGUCUGCCGCCGGUUACAUAACAGGUAUUGUGGGAAAGUGGCAUUUAGGACUCCACAAGUCGUCAGGAUCCGAUUUCCACUUCCACCCUUUGAAGCAAGGUUUUGAUUAUUUCUAUGGGCUGCCUCUCACUAACUUACGAACCUGUGAACCCGGCCAAUAUCUCAUAAACAUUGUUUACCCAGCCCUGAAACCGUUCAAUGUUCUUGCUUCUGGGGUAGUCAUUGGAGUAACAUUGUACAUCCUAUACCUGGCUGGUGUGCUUAACAAGAUUACCUUCCUGUCCUUGCUUACCCUCGUUAUUUUGAUCUCCUCUGCACAGGCCGGUUGGCUUUUAAUACUCUCCAGAUUAACGUGCAUUGUUUUGAAAGACUAUGAACUUGUAGAGCAACCUGUCCUUUUAGAAAACUUGACAGCAAGGUUUACAGAUGAAGCAGUAGGUUUUAUCCACAGAAACAAAGACAGUCCUUUUCUCCUGUACAUGUCGUUUGCCAAAGUUCACACCGCUUUGUUUACUACAAAGCCGUUUGUCAAUCACAGUGUUCAUGGUCGUUAUGGUGACAAUGUAGAGGAAAUGGAUUGGGGCGUGGGUCAGAUCAUGGCUGCUGUGGAGGAACUGGGACUGAGAAAGAAUACGUUUGUGUAUUUCACAUCAGACAAUGGUCCGUACAUUGAAGAAGUUAGUGAUACUGGUGAAUACCAUGGUGGAUGGAGCGGAAUCUACAAGGGAGGGAAAGGACAGUGUUGGGAUGGUGGUGUGAGGAUGCCUACAAUAGCAUCAUGGCCAGGUCACAUUCCAGCUGGGAUCUCAAUUGAUCAGCUCACCAGUUCUAUGGACUUAUUACCUACAGUUGCCAAACUAACUGGCGCAGAUCUUCCACAGGACAGAAUUAUUGAUGGAAAAGAUCUCUUACCACUAUUGACCAACCAGACACAAAAAUCCUCUCACGAGUUUGUUUUCCAUUAUUGUGGAAAUCUGGUCCAUGCUGUUCGUUAUCAUCCAAAGGACAGUGGCACUGUAUGGAAGGCACACUUUAUGACGGCUAAAUGGAGCGAGGGAACUGAAAGCUGCCGCGGAAGGGGUAUCUGUUGGUGUCAUGGAAAUCUAGUAAAUGUCCAUGAUCCUCCUCUGCUUUUUGACAUAACAGAUGAUCCAUCAGAAAGCUCCCCCAUUGCUCCCAAUAAUCCAGAGUAUAUAGAAGCCAUGAAAUACAUUCACCCUGCAGUUAAACAGCAUAACGACAACAUUGACAGGGUCCCAGAGCAGCUGGUUUGGUCGAAGAAUCGUGUUCAUCCUUCAUUGCAGAUGUGCUGUAAUUUUCCUUACUGUACCUGUGAAGAAACUGAUAAAAAAAUUAAACAUUAUCCUAAGGAUGUUUGAAGUAGGUGACAAGACAGUUUGAGCAUGAUGAAGAAAAAAGAAAAGUUGAUUUCGACCACGGUCCAAAAUGUUAUACAAGAGAACAUUUGCAAGGGAUGAGGUAUCAGAAGCUAUACUAAGCUAUAUAACACGUAAUGUUACUGAACAGGUACUGAAUGAUUGAUUUGAUGGUAUUAGUAUUCAAUGAUGAUGGUCUGCAUGUUUCCCGGGGUUGCACAAUCUGGAAAACACGGAGCAAUGCUUUUAGAACCACUCAUCAUUC